UUCAGUUUCAGUCUCUUAUCUAUAUCGUAAGAGCUAUCGCUACUAGGAAUCUAAAUGGUAUUUAAUUGAGUAGAGGAAACAGUCCUCCCAUUGCCAAAGCUAACGGUUGAAAAUGACAUUUAGUUUGCCUCAAUGUGGGAAAAUGUACGUUCUGAAAUUGAGUUCUAUGUGUUGAUUUUUAAACACACUUCAAACAUGCUGAGUGGGGCAGGAUUUAUUCUAUCUUCAGCAGGAAUUUUAAAAGUAAUCUCUCUGUUAUGCUUCAUAAUCGGAGGAUUGAUUUUCGUCACUUCCGGGGAUUGCAAUGAGUCGCGUUUCUGGGCGGUCACCUACAUCAUAACCACGACUGUAAGUGCCAUUCUAGCAAUGCUGUCAUACACAUUAUAUGCGCUCGAUCUGAUAAAGUCAAGCACAGCGCUCAAAAUACAAUACAUCGCUGAGAUAACGGUGGCCUAUAUCGUGUUUGUUCUGCUACUGAUUGUUUCCAUCAUUAUGAUGACACAAUGCACCAGCAAAAAGUAUACCCUAGACUAUAUUCCAGAGCCUCUGACGAUAAUUGGAGCAGUUCUAAUGGCUAUCGGUGGAACGCUUUUAUUUCUCGACUGGCGCUCGAAGGAACGCAUCGAUGAUAUUCAGAUGAAUAUCCCACGCUCAUCACAAUCGCAACGCACCAACCCUCAUCUCUCAAGAAAAUCAAUACUAGUUUAGCACUCUCAUGUUAGAACCAGUUUAUUAAACAUCAUCAAAAGCGAA